AGUUGAACACCUGUCCAAAUAAUCGGGAUGGGAUGGGUGUUUUUUGCCGAUUGCAUUUGCAUUCCUAUUUUGGCCAUCACCAUACUAAUCCGAGACAGUUGAUUUCAACGGUCACUCAUUUUCCUCAGUGAUAAAUAAUCAACCAUUUUAUAAUUUUCCCUUAUUAUCACCACCUUCGUGUCUGUCUUCUCUAAUUUUCUUUGUCGAAUUUGGAAAUAAUUUAUAAUGGCAAUGCCCUUCCACUCUCUUCCUCGUUAAAUUCCAUUGUGUCCCAGCGUGUCCGGAAAUUCAUGGAGUUCUAGUGUGUUUCUGGUGGAAAUGGCUCCAACUGGCACCUCAUUUGUUAAAGUACAGAGGAAUUUGCAGAGGUUUAUGACAGUUCUACAAUCAGCAGCUUCUGAAUGGUUUUUGAUCUUUCUGCUGCUGAUUGAUGCUGCACUAUCGUAUCUGCUGACAAAAUUUGCAAGUUAUUGCAGAUUGCAAAUACCUUGCAUGUUUUGUUCCAGGCUUGAUCAUUUUCUGGGCAAUGAAAAACCUGGAUUUUAUAAAAAUGUAAUUUGCAGCAACCAUAGAUCAGAAAUAUCAACCUUGAUUUCUUGUCACAUUCAUGGGAAGCUUGCUGAUGGCUAUGGAAUGUGUGAGGAAUGUCUAUUGUCAUCCACUAUGAAAAGCAAAUCAAGCACAGAUAUAAACAGACUGUUGAUGGGUAAGUUUGGGUUUGAUAUUGGCGCUGACGGUUUCGAGAACUAUUUGUGGAGUAGAGAACUUGUUUCUGGUUCUGUUGGUACGAGGAUGUGCUCAUGUUGCAAUAAGCCUUGGAGAUCAAGACAGCCUUCCAACAGAGUAGCCCAACUGAAAUCACCUAGGAGUGGGAUGACUAAGCCUGAUAUUCCCAUGCCCCGCCAUUUAACCCACCGUGAAAAUAUAAAGAAAAGGAGAGAGGAUUUUCCUGGAUCUGUAACAUCUCACCGUCUUGUAAGGUGUGGUUGCAAUCCUGGGUCACAAGUAGCAUACACUGAGCUCAAGUUCACUUCUGAUUCUGAGUCAGAAUUCCCAUUUUCUGAUGAUGAUGAGGGCCGUAGUAUUAGUCACAUAAUGAAGGAGCUGAAGGAAGAGCCUAUAGUUCCCCCCAAAACAUUGACCGAUGGUAUAGCCUCGGAGAAGAUGACGUAUCAUUCCUUGAAAGGUUUGGCUUCUGAUGUUGAGUUUAACAGGCAGCAAGCUGAUCACGAAAACUAUCCCUCUGCCUUACCUCAGCUUAUUUCUUUUGAUGAUUUUCCUUCUUCAUCCAGUGUAAUGGACAUUCAUGUAGGAGUGUCAUCGGUGAGAAGUGAGCUCAUGUUUCCUUUCUCUCAGAAUUACAAUCUUUCUGCACUCUCUGAUCUCAUGUCACUGGCAGUUCCCUCAUCAUCUAAUGCUGUUGAAGGUCCUUUGGAAGCAUCAGAAAGGAAAUCAGCAAAUGACACUGGAACGGGUGACAGACAAGAUAUAUCCAUCAACAAGCACAAGGAAAUUUCUAUAUUAACUGCACCUACCAGAGGAGGUGGUCAGGUUGCUAAUGAAGUGCCUUCUAUAAAUUCACGUAGUGCGGAUCUGAUUGAUGUAUGGAAGCCUGCUGCCAGUGGUGAGGAUGGAGAAUCAAGAACUUCUAUGGCAAAAAAACAGACUGUGAAUGGACCUGAAAGAGUUGAUAUGGAGUUGCCAACGGAAAAUGUUUUUGCUGAAGGGCCUGAUUUAUCUUCGCAUAACGCUAUCACUGGGAUUGAAGGUCAUGAUGAUGAAUUGCCGAUGAAUAAUGAUGUGAGAUCUAAUGGAGUUCAAAUGCUUAAGACAGAGAGCACUGGAUCAUCCGGUCUUGAGUCUCUCGAUGGAAGCUUUUUCACUGAGAUUGAAGGUGAAAGUAUUAUUGAUCGGUUAAAGCGACAAGUGGAGUCAGAUAGGAGACACAUAAGCGCUUUGUACAAGGAAUUAGAGGAAGAAAGAAGUGCUUCUGCAAUUUCUGCAAAUCAGGCAAUGGCCAUGAUCACAAGGUUGCAAGAGGAAAAGGCAGCACUUCAUAUGGAGGCCCUGCAGUACUUAAGAAUGAUGGAAGAGCAAGCAGAGUAUGAUGUAGAGGCUCUGGAGAAAGCUAAUGAUCUGCUGGCUGAGAAAGAGAAAGAAAUACAGGACUUGGAAGCAGAGAUAGACUCUUUGCAAUUGAACCUCUCCAAUGAAUCAACAGCAGAGACUAUACAUGUGGAAAGUGAUGAUCUGAAGGGGAAAAACAUGAGUUUAGAGAAUACUUCCCCAUGCUAUGAUGAUACCAUUGUUCCUUGUAGCUCAUCAUUUAGGGAGGUCUUGAAUGACAAUGAGAAACCUGCUAGUGUCAAAUCUUCUUUGUCAGAAUAUGAAGAAGAAAAGUUUCUCAUUUCAAAACGUUUGAAGGGUUUGGAGAGGAAACUUCAUCAAUUUGCAUCUCAUGGGUGUUCGCAAUCCAUGUCUGAUAGUGACUAUUCCCAGGAAGCAGCUCAUGGAGGGCAUAAUGUGGGAAGCCUUCCUGCCCAUGAAAUGUCCAGUGCUUCAGUUGGCAAACAUCAAGUUGUUGCUAACAAUGAAAGUAACCAUCUGAUUUUUGACGGGAAAAAAUCCUCCAAGCAACACAAAGAAAUUGAUUUGGUUGUUCUUGAAAAUGAAAUCUCAGACCUUAAUGGAAGAUUGGAAGCACUUGAAUUUGAUAGGAAUUUUCUGGAGCAUGCUUUCAAUUCUCUUCAAUCUGGAAAAGAGGGACUACAAUUUGUUCAAGAAAUAGUUCAUCAUCUACAAGAGUUGCGGAAAAUUGGGAUGAGAAAUAGUAGCUGAUCUGUUCCUUGAGUUUAUAUGCUUUGUUAUGGGAUAUGCACUUGGCACUACUGAAAGAAUUGGAAGCCAAGCACAUUAUCUACCAGUAUUUCAGCGCAGGACUUGCUAAAUGCUCUGCUGCAUCAUCUCAGCUAUCGUGCUAAAUCAUAUACAGGCAUAAUGAGCUCUCAUGUACAGGUAAUAAGACCUUAGAUUUCUGGAAGAAAAGAAUAACACAUACUCCGAGGAUUGGUUCCGUCCAUUUUGAAGUGAUUUCCUCCUUUUUUUUUUCCGCCCUCCUGGUGGAUUUCUUUAGCUUACCUUUCCUGCUACUACAACUUGUAGGCAGGUUCAUCGUUUUUUAUAGUUUUGAGGGCACCAAUAGAGGAGAUUGCAUAAAGUUGCAUCGUUUUUAUGUACUUCACUAUCUAUAAUUUCUUGAAGUCAACAGAUCCGUUGUAAAUUCGAAAGACCACCUCUCUUCAUUUCUUUCUACCAUGCAGAGGCCACUUUCAUUAUCCCCAGUGACAGAGAUAAGAAAAUAAGAAGCAAUUCUUCUCUCCCUUUAUCCAAUAUAUUUCAACUUUGUAUUUUAA